UUAAUCUCCUCCUUGCAGAGAUCAAGCUACUUAGCAGCUAGCUGCUCGUGCUUGUGUUGAAGAACCAUAUCGACCGAUCAAGAUGGAUGCGAAGAAGCCUUACGUGAUCGCCGUCAUCAUACAACUCAUCUACACAGGCAUGUUCGUCGUCUCCAAGGCGGCAUUCGACCAUGGCAUGAACACCUACGUCUUCAUCUUCUACCGCCAGGCCACCGCAUCACUCCUCCUCCUGCCUAUCGCGCUUCUUCUCGAAAGGAAAAAUGCACGAUCCUUGUCUCCUGGGUUGCUCUUGAAGCUCUUCUUCUUAGCCUUAAUCGGGAUCACGUUUAGCCUAAACCUGUACAACGUGAGUCUGAAAUUCACAUCCGCAACUGUAGCAUCUGCAACCACCAACGCCAUGCCUGUCGUCACCUUCUGCUUUGCGCUGCUACUGAAGAUGGAGGUGGUGAAGCUGAGGAGCUCCUCAGGCAUAGCCAAGCUUGCCGGAGUGUCCCUAUGCCUCGCUGGAGUCUCUGUCAUUGCCUUCUACGUUGGUCCAGCACUGAGCCCUGUCAACCACCACCGCGCCUUCGCCACCUCCCACGCCUCGGCCUCGACUAGUAGUGCUCAAAGCAGGAUGGUAUGGAUCAAGGGGACAUUCCUCAUGGUCUUCGCCAACAUGGCGUGGUCCCUCUGGAUCGUCCUGCAGGGCAACCUGCUCAAGGAGUACCCCAACAAGAUGCUCCUGACAGUGACGCAGUGUGUGUUCAGCGCGGUGCAGUCGUUCGUCGUCGCGGUGGUGGCGGAGAGGGAUUUCUCCAAGUGGAGUCUUCGAUUCGACAUCAGCUUACUUGCUGUCCUUUACAACGGGUUCGUGGUGACUGGAGUGACCUACUACCUGCAAACAUGGUGUGUGGAGAUGAAAGGCCCCGUCUUCUUGGCCGUCUGGAACCCACUCUGCUUCGUCUUCACAAUAUUCUGCUCCUCAUUCUUCCUAGGGGAGAUUGUCAACCUCGGCAGUAUUAUCGGAGGAAUCCUGCUGGUUGGCGGCCUUUACAGUGUGCUCUGGGGUAAGAGCAAGGAGAUUAAAAAUGCACCUCGUGGCAAGGUGAAUACAAUGGAUGAUGCAGAUGAUGAGAACGGUCACCAUAAACCUCAAGAGAAGGAGCAACCAACAUCAGCAUCAAUAGUUGAACAAGUGUGAUGGAAUGAUGAUCAAUAUAAUUUCCAUCUGAUUCUAGCCCUUAGCGAUAUCUAUUUAUCAACAUACGGAUACUAAUUGGAGAGAAAAAGUGCAAAAAUUACCACAUUCAUAGGAGAUAUAGAAGAAAAAGAUUCUUACUUCAUCCAAAGUAGGAACUAGGAACUGGAUUUCACAUUGAUAGGAGCUAGGAACUGGAUUAGUGCACGCUCAGCAGACCUACUGCUUAGGUCCAUGCAUGUAGGCACUGAACCGUCGUUAGUGUCAAAUUUCCCAGAUCUUCAUUGCUAUUUUGAAGCUCAA